GAAAAGGAAAUGGACUCGGCCUUCUAACACGCACGCACGGGAAAAGGAAAGAAAGAGAGGAGGGAAAAAAAAAAAAAAAGAAAGAAAGAAAAGGGUGGGGCGGGCCAAUUUGUUGCCAUCAAAUAACAACGAAAUGAACAAAUGAGCUGCUGGCCUUGGCCAUAGUCAUAUGGCCAAGCAUCCACUCAAACGCCUUCUCCUGCCCCGUCUAAAGCUGAUCGAACUCCUCUCCAAAAACUUCUGCAGCCCAUGCCAACCCAGAACCCAAUCUUCCAGUAAAUCUAAACAAGAAUUCAUCCACCUCUGCUCCAAAGGCUCCCUAAGGGAAGCCUUGCUAGGCUUCCUUCCAGAGCUAUUUGCGGAUCCCAACCUCUUCUCCCACCCACUCCAAGCGUGCUGCCUCCUCCCCCCGGGCCAUGGCCAGCAGCUCCACGCCCUCAUCAUCACCUCCGGCGCCUCCAACGACCGCUUCACUGCCAAUCACCUCCUCCACAUGUACUCCAAACUCGGCCAGCUCCAGACCGCCCUCGUCCUGUUCGGUGCAAUGCCGAGGAGGAACGUCAUGUCCUACAACAUCCUCCUCGGUGGCCUUAUCCAGAACGGGGACCCUCGCGCUGCCCGCGACUUCUUUGAUGGAAUGCCCGAGAGGAACCUCGCCUCCUGGAAUGCCAUGGUAACCGGGCUGACUCACUUCGGGCUCGACGAGCAAGGGUUGGAGCUGUUCGCCGAGAUGCGGAGGCAGGGGCUGCGACCGGAUGAGUUCAGUUUGGGCAGCAUCCUGCGGUGCUGCGCGGGGAUAAGAGAUGCCAGUUCGGGCCGGCAGAUCCAUGCCUGCGUUAUAUACUCCGGUUUUGAUUGCGAUAUGUGCGUUGGCAGCUCGCUGGCUCACAUGUACAUGAGAAACAGAUGCCUCGAGGAGGGGGAGAGGGUGUUGAAAGGAUUGCCAGCGCUUAACAUUGUCUCCUGCAACACCAUAAUCGCUGGGAGGGUGCAGAAUGGAGACCCCGAGGGAGCUCUUGACUAUUUCAGUCUCAUGAAGGCUGCUGGACUGGUGCCAGAUCAGGUCAGCUUUGUGAGCGUCAUAAGCUCGUGCUCGGAUUUGGCGGCUCUUGGGCAGGGCCAGCAGAUUCAUUCACAGGCCAUUAAAGCUGGAGUCGAUCAGGUGGUGGCAGUGAGAAGUUCGCUUGUGAGCAUGUAUUCGAAAUGCGGCUGCUUGGAUGACUCUGCUAAUGCUUUUUAUGAAUCAAAUGGAUCAGAUCUUGUGCUGUGGAGCUCGGUGAUUGCAGCUUAUGGGUUUCAUGGACAUGGACAGAAGGCGAUCGAGCUGUUUGAGGAGAUGUUGGGAGAAAGGACCGAACCGAAUGAAAUUACGUUCUUGAGCUUGCUAUAUGCUUGCAGUCACAGUGGUUUGAAGGACAAGGGGGUUGAAUAUUUCGAGCUUAUGAUGCAUAAGUAUAGAUUAAAGCCUACUUUGAAGCACUAUACUUGCAUCGUCGAUCUGCUUGGGCGAUCAGGAUGUCUGGAUGAGGCUGAAGCUCUGAUCAAAUCGAUGCCUGUAAGUGCUGAUGGAGUCAUUUGGAAGACGUUGUUAUCUGCCUGUAAGACCCACAGGCGUGCAGAGAUGGCAGAGCGGGUAGCAGAGCAUGUGCUUAGGUUGGACCCGCAAGAUUCUGCCUCUUAUGUGUUACUCUCAAACAUUCGGGCUACAUCCAAGAGGUGGCAUGAAGUCUCUGAUAUUCGAAGAGCUAUGAGGGAGAGAAGGGUGAGAAAGGAGCCUGGGAUCUGCUGGGUGGAGCUCAAGGGCGAGGUGCACCAGUUCUUUACGGGAGACAGGUUGCAUCCCAUGCAGGGAGAGAUCGAAGUGUGCUUGAACCUGCUGAUAGGAAAGAUGAGACAGUAUGGGUAUGUACCAGACACCAGCACAGUUCUGCAUGACAUGGAUGAUGAAGAGAAAGAGUGCUGUUUGGCUCAUCAUAGUGAGAAGCUGGCUAUUGCAUUUGCUAUUCUGAGCAUGCCUGAAGGAGUUCCAAUUCGAGUCAUGAAGAACUUACGUGUUUGUGAUGAUUGCCAUGUGGCUAUUAAGUUUAUAUCUAAGAUUGCAGACCGGGAGAUUGUAGUCAGGGAUGUUAGCCGUUUUCAUCAUUUCAGAGAUGGGGAAUGCUCUUGUGGAGAUUACUGGUAAUCUUGAGACAAAGGAUUUAGAAGAAGGUUAUACCAGCAUGACCCCUUGAAAAUAUCAAGUGAUAAGAAGAUGCCACUCCAAGAGUUGGGAAAAAAGGUCUGAUUGUAUCUAAGAAACUGAAUUUUCUUCUUCAAAAUUGAUGGCAUUCUUAGAAAGGGGAGGUAUCCUCAAAGUAUACUUUGAAUAGUGAUAACGGAUCAGACUCCACGGCUAAGGGGGUCUCAUCAAAUGAGCAUUCCUUUAUGGAAUGCCUUGUAUCUUAGCAUCUUUUGGACCCUCUUGGCCCAUGGAUUGGUAUUUGUAGCUCUUAUUCUUUCUAACAUUAUUUCAGCAUCUA